AUGCAUCCCUUGUGUCUCUCCUCCGGAUCGGCACCGGCGCCCAAUCCACCCGGCGGCGACGCGUCAAGGUACAUACGCGCGUUGGCGGCAUCGAGGGGCCCCGCAGCAAUGGGGCGUGCCAAAAGCACCCACGCUCGUGCAACUUACCCGCCAUCAGGCGGAGGGCUGAGUUUGUCGGGUUGGAAGGCGGGAAAAGAGCCUCGGCGUGUCGCCCUAACCCGCCGUCGCGUACGCACUACUGCAGUUGGCACCCCGCACCGACGCAGCACCCUCCAGCGAGAGAAGACGAGCCUCCUCUUCAGCAGCCGCCCGAGAGGCCCUGACGGGAACGCCAGCGAUGACGCCGGCGGCGCGGGUGUGGAGCUUCUCCCGGCGCUCCAGCGCCGACGGCGAAGCCGUGUUGCAGCGCGCCACUGCUCCGUAGAGGAGUUGGGGGACCCAACAGUGAGGGUCUUGGGCGGCGGACGAAGCGUCUCGCAUUUUGGCCCCCGCGUUUUCUCAGACGCCGCCUUUAUCUCCAUAAGUCUUGUUUUUGCGACGGCGAAGUACCCCCGCGCCUGCCGGCCAACCCCGCGCAAUGGCUGGGUCAAAACCGCCCCGACGACCGCGGGAGGUAAUCCUGCGACAAGCGGGCCCCUCCCGCGUGCGGCCGCAGGCUUUCCGUGA